AUGUCGCCUGCGCUUGAUGAAGUCACACCCAUUGAGGGCUGGCUCCUUGAGCAGUAUGCAAAACAAGCUUGCGAUGACCCGUGGUCUAUUGAGCGAUAUUCAGCAUGCCGCCUACUCAAGGAAAGUGGCAUAUCAUGCUACCUCUGGGCUGAAGAUGCAUUAGUAUACUAUGGAGUACCCACUGGUGUCUUUGACAUACAUAUCAUUGUGGAUGAUGUCAAGAAAGCAGCAGACGCACUUAUUGAAAGAGGUUGGCAUCCACCACCUCCUGACUUUAAAGCACGGUACAUUGAUAUUGAGGAGGCCACUUGCUAUCUUGUUGAACUGCAAUGUAAGAGUGUGAGAAACUUUGAUCCUGUGGUUGCUCUUACUGCAGCUUCCGACUGGGAUAUCAAGCUUCCAGACAUUGCCAUGCAGAAAAGCUGGCAGCCUCAGAGAAUUGCUAGAUGGCCCUUUAUUCCACCACUACACCAACUUCUAGAUUCCCUCAUCAGAAAAUGGCUGGAUACUUCAGAUCACCUUUUUUUCUGCCGCCACAUAAGCAACUUUUUGGGCUAUCUUUAUGACUAUGUUCCAAUUUUAAAUCUCAGAGAAUUUGCAGAUUACUUGAAAGUGGAGCAUCAACAGUACCAUUUUGAUGUGAUUGCAGGAGUCAGCUAUACUCGAGAGCCUUUUAGAAUUCAUUCAAAGAAGGUCCGAGACUCCAUACUCAGAGGGGAUUAUGAAAUAUGUGAGUGCUCAGUUUCGAGGGAUGAUGAUCGAUUUUUCACAGCUGGUGUGGAGGCACAGUUGCUGGCUAUGCUUCCACCUGCAAAUCACAAAUGA